UUGCUUGAGCCAUAUACGUAUAUCACUUCUAAUCCAGGUAAAGAAAUUAGGGGAGAGAUGAUAGAGGCUUUUAAUAAGUGGUUGAACGUCCCUGUCCAAAGCUUACGAGUCAUCGCGCGAGUGAUUAGCAUGCUUCACAAUGCUAGCCUAUUGAUAGACGACAUCGAGGAUGAUUCCCAAUUGCGAAGAGGCCAACCAGUUGCACACAAGAUAUACGGCAUCCCACAGACCAUCAAUGCGGCAAACUACGCAUAUUUCCUUGCCUAUCAAGAACUAUUCUCCUUGAGGCGAUUACUCUACUCGAAUACCGAACUGGACAGAAUUGUGAACGACGAACUUCUCAAUCUUCAUCGAGGCCAGGGCCUUGAGCUUCUUUGGAGAGAUUGUUUACAAUGUCCGACUGAAGAGGAAUACAUCGCGAUGGUGAACAACAAGACAGGUGGUCUUUUCAGAGUAGCCAUCAAAUUGAUGAUGGCUUGUGCCACCACUAACGCCAACGUCGACUAUGUCCCUUUAGUCAAUCUCAUCAGCAUCUACUUCCAGAUACGAGAUGACUACAUGAACUUACAGAGCACACAAUAUGCUACGAACAAGGGUUUCGCAGAGGACCUGACGGAAGGCAAAUUCUCUUUUCCAAUUGUGCACGCCGUGCGUGCAGACACGUCCAAUCGACAGGUACUCAAUGUACUCCAGAAGCGUCCAACAACGCCGACCCUGAAAGUGCAUAUAAUUUCGUACCUCCAGAAUCACACGAAAUCGUUCGACUACACACUGCGGGUGCUGCACAAGCUCGAGAAGCAAACGUACGAAGAAAUCGAUAGACUUGGAGGGAAUGUAGGAUUGCAGACCAUCAUCGACUCACUUCGCAUAUCCCCAGACCUACCAAUUGCUUAA